AUGACGAAAAGAAACUGUUUCGGAUUCAACGUAAAAAAACGAGGUGAAGAGAAGAAGAGAGCAUCCAAAUCUUUCAGGGAAGGUGUCAAAUUCGGAUCAGAAGGUCUAUUAACCAUCGGUAAAUCCGUAACGAGAGCGGUUUUCCCUGAAGAUCUAAGAAUAUCAGAGAAGAAAAUCUUUGACCCUCAAGACAAAACACUUCUCAUAUGGAACAGAAUGUUGGUCAUUUCUUGUAUUUUAGCUGUCUCCGUUGAUCCACUCUUCUUCUAUCUCCCCAUUGUCGAUAACUCAGGGAGCAGCUGUAUAGGGAUUGACACGAAGCUAGCCGUUACAACAACAACUCUUAGAACGAUUCUUGACGUUUUUUAUCUGACUAGAAUGGCUCUUCAGUUUCGCACAGCUUACAUAGCUCCUUCUUCUCGUGUGUUUGGUCGUGGUGAGCUUGUGAUUGAUCCUCCUAAGAUCGCUCAACGGUAUUUAACACGUUAUUUCAUUGUGGAUUUCCUCGCAGUGCUCCCUUUACCGCAGAUUGCUGUAUGGAAGUUUCUUCACGGAUCAAAAGGAAUGGAUGUGUUACCAACCAAAACAGCUCUGUUAAACAUUGUAAUCACACAGUAUAUUCCAAGAUUCGUUAGGUUUAUACCGUUAACAUCAGAACUAAAGAAGACUGCAGGAGCUUUUGCUGAAGGUGCUUGGGCUGGUGCUGCUUAUUAUCUCCUCUGGUAUAUGCUUGCAAGCCACGUAAGUGUCUCUACACAUGACUCUUGUUGGUUAAGUGUUGUUAUGAUUGUGUUAUUUACGUUUUUGUGGCAGAUAACUGGAGCUUUCUGGUACAUGUUGUCAGUGGAACGUAAUGAUACUUGUUGGAGAUUUGCGUGUAAAGUCCAACCAGAUCCAAAACUAUGUGUUCAGAUUCUGUAUUGUGGGAGCAAGUUUGUGAGUAGCCGUGAAACAGAAUGGAUCAAAACGGUUCCUGAGCUUCUUAAGAGCAAUUGUUCUGCUAAAGCAGAUGAUUCAAAGUUCAACUAUGGGAUUUAUGGUCAGGCUAUAUCUUCAGGCAUUGUAUCAUCAACAACGUUUUUCUCCAAGUUCUGUUAUUGUCUAUGGUGGGGUCUUCAAAAUCUCAGCACGUUAGGUCAAGGGCUGCAAACAAGUACAUUUCCAGGAGAGGUUCUGUUCUCUAUUGCGAUUGCUAUAGCUGGCCUUCUUCUUUUCGCGCUUCUUAUCGGAAACAUGCAGACUUAUCUUCAGUCACUUACCGUCCGUCUUGAGGAAAUGAGGAUCAAAAGACGUGACUCUGAACAGUGGAUGCACCACAGGUCACUUCCACAGAAUCUUAGAGAAAGAGUGAGACGCUAUGAUCAAUAUAAAUGGUUAGAAACAAGAGGUGUGGAUGAAGAGAACAUAGUCCAGAGUUUACCUAAGGAUCUAAGGAGAGACAUUAAACGCCAUCUCUGUCUGAAUUUAGUUAGAAGGGUUCCUUUGUUUGCUAACAUGGAUGAGAGAUUACUUGACGCCAUUUGUGAGAGACUAAAACCUAGUCUUUACACGGAGAGUACUUACAUUGUCCGUGAAGGAGACCCGGUUAACGAAAUGCUGUUCAUAAUCAGAGGCCGGUUAGAGAGUGUAACCACAGAUGGAGGAAGAAGCGGUUUCUUCAACAGAGGGUUAUUGAAAGAAGGAGACUUUUGUGGUGAAGAGCUUCUGACUUGGGCGCUUGAUCCUAAAGCAGGAUCAAACCUACCUUCUUCCACAAGAACAGUGAAGGCUCUAACUGAAGUGGAGGCUUUUGCUUUAGAAGCUGAAGAGUUGAAGUUUGUAGCAAGUCAGUUUAGGAGACUUCACAGCCGUCAGGUUCAACAGACUUUUAGGUUUUACUCUCAGCAAUGGAGAACUUGGGCUUCAAGCUUCAUCCAAGCUGCUUGGCGUCGUCAUUCUAGAAGGAAAAACGCUGAGCUGAGACGGAUUGAAGAAGAGGAAGACGGGAUGGGUUAUGAAGAUGAGUAUGAUGAUGCUGAGGAGGAGGACGAGAGGAGUCCAGUGUUUACAAGAACUGAGUCUUCUUCUAGACUACGUUCGACGAUAUUUGCAUCAAGAUUUGCUGCUAAUGCAUUGAAAGGUCAUAGACUAAGGAGCACAGAGAGUUCAAAGAGGUUGUUGAAUCUGCAAAAGCCUCCUGAACCUGAUUUUGAUGCUGAAUAA